CGAACUAUGACCACGGAGCCAAGACCUUGUCCCCGGCUCACUUGGAGAUCCUAGCCAAACGCCUCCUCGGACCAAAGCCCGCUUGGACCGCUACCACUUGUGAGCUUGAGGAGUGACUUCGGCUUGGGCUUGCAGAGAAGCCCAAGUCCCGUGACCAAGCCCCUUGGUCUCUCGGAUGGCCAAGCCCAUCAACCCCUCUCGGCCCCUCAGAAUGGGUCCCCUUUUUGGUCUAGAUUCGUCCAAGUGAAGAUAAGGCAAGUGCAUCAUGAUCUAUUCGGAUAUGGCAAGUCCUAGAAUGUUCCGAUCUUGUAUCUCUCGGAUAUGGCAUGAUGUAAGUCAUAUCCCCUAGAUUGAUCGAUUAGUGUUCUUUAUGGAAAGUUCGGGAAAUUAGGAACGAUUGAUUGAUUGUGAUUGAUCCUUGGAGAUUUCGGACCUUGUGCUAUAAAAGGCCACCGAAAUCCCUUGAGACAUUCAUCCUAGAAUUCUCUCUUUUCUUUUACACCGAGUCUCUCUCUCUUGUAAGUCUCUCUUGAGUUUGUUCGCCGGUUCGUUCCGGCCACCGUUGUCGGAACGAACCCGGUUCUCUCAUUGUACUUAUACUUUCGCACCUUUAAUGAAAUGGCCUCGUACUUGGUUCAUUCUCAUCUCUCUCGCUCUCUCUUUCUCUCGGCCUUCUCUUUUCCCAUUCGGAUCCCAUGAUCCUAGGCUUGGUUCGGUCCCCGUUCGAACAUGACUUGAGUUUCUCGGCCAAGACCUCUCUCCAUGAGUCUUUGGACCGAAUCUCUUCGUUCAUUUUAACGAGGUAAUAUUUGAAUCUUUUUCUCCUAGGUUGAUUUUUCCAUAUUUUAUAAAAAAGGGAAGCAAUAAGGUCGUUUGACCACUGCACAGAAACACAUCACGGUAUGGAUGGGAAGCAAAACACCUAUGCAUCCUUCUCGGACUCCUCUUCAUCCAUAUAUGACUCCGAUGCAGGAUCCUGGAGCUACACCUAUCCAUGAUGGCAUGAGAACCCCCAUGCGUGAUAGAGCUUGGAACCCUUACACGCCUAUGAGUCCACCUAGGACGGUUUUUGUAAGCUGGCCCUCGGGUCAAGUGGCGAAGGACGCUAUAACAGCUCUACCGAGCGAACUGGAGAUAGUUUCUCUGAGGAAGAACGAUAGAGUCAAGAUCAUCGGGGAUCCGUAUCGUGGGUCGACAGGUGAACUAAUCGGUACUGAUGGCUCAGACGGUAUCGUUAGGUUAGAUGACAGCCUCGACGUUAAGAUUCUGGAUCUGGCUAUAUUAGCGAAGCUAGCUGAAGCUUGAUCACACUUGUUCCAUGAUGAAGGGAAAUCUCUAUGAUAUGUCGUAUAUUGUAUAUUAAAUAGCGUGGAAAAUAUAGAUGUGUACUAAAACACAUGAAAAAAGUGAAAAUGGUAAAAUGUGUAACGAAAAAUAGCGUGGAAUUUUCCCUUAGAUAAAAUACUGCUUCAGUAAAUAUCAUUGGUAAAUUGAGCUUACGAACUCAUUUAGUUUUUAGUUUCCAACAUCGAAGUUAGAAGACGAUACUACUGAACCGGGUCCAAGCUCCUCGCCUUUGAACCUUUCCCCAGUGCCUUCGAACAUCGUCCUCAACUGAUAAAACGACCACCUCGGUUCUCUGAGAGAGAUCUCUUCUUGCAUUUCCUCCUCUGACCAAUGCCAAGGACACUGUGGACAAGACGCAGCCCACCGUCACGAAUACAAUGGCUAGCUACUAGUGUCACGCCGGAGGCCGUCAUAUAUGUGUUUGGGUUUUUGAGAUUUCUCGGGUUGGGUUUGAGGAAGAGGGUGGU